AUGUCCAAACCCGAAACUCACUACGUCACCACAGCUGGGAUUCUGGUGGAGACUUCGUUAGGAUCACUUGUUUUCGAUCUUUACGGCUGUGACUGUCCUGGUUUAACAGCAAACUAUGCAAAUCUCUGCCGUUGUCAUUUCUGGAAUGGUGCGAUCGCUACGGAGGUGAUCCCGGGAGCUGCGAUAUUCUUUUCGCACGCCGCUGAUCCCGUUUACGACGCGCUGCUUGGCGAGGCCGCCACGCCUAACGACGCGGGUGAUUUGACAAGGGGGUUUUGUGGGAGCUUUUGGAAUCUGCUGCGGCACUGCUCGGAGGAGCGCUGGCGGCUUGAGGCGGAGCGGCAACUUCGCACUCAGAAGUGGGAUGCCGCGCGCGAGAGGGAGGUCUCGAUGGUGCGUUCGUGUGAGGGCAUCGCUAAUCUCACCACCUCUAGUGGAGUUGGAGGGAGCCCUAAGUUGAUGUUUCGAACCGCCGGCGGCGCCCUUGAUGGCCGGCGGCAUGUGGGCUCUCUCUGUCGCCGAGGUCUGCUCAUCAUCAACACUUCUUCCACGGCCUCGUCAUCAGGGGCAGUGCGAUCAUCCGAUAAUUUUCGCUUUGGCAUCACCCUUAGUGAUCGACAUCUUGAUUUUCUUGAGGAUCAGUACGUGGCGAUUGGGCAGAUUUCGGAGGGGUUCAAUGUGCUCAGCGGCAUCCGGCGCGCCCCGCACGCCGAGGGCGGUGACAGGACGCGCUGGCCUCGGCCCCUGCGGAUGCUUCGUAUAAAACACACCAAGGUGCUACCAACCCCCGGCGUGGAAGCUUUUUCCUCGCGGGCCUCGCCCGACAGAGCGGCGGGGCCGCUUCAGAAGAGCCUCCAGCGAGGGCUGCACGCCGUGGGGUGUUUUGCGCAUUGGGCGCCACUAGGGGCAAUUUCCGAGGCUGCGCGGCACCUCGCGCGGCAGAUUGUCGUACUUAGUGAGCGCUACCACCACACCCCCGCGGCAACUCCGGAGGAGGCGGUUGCCGCGCUUACCAGCGGUGAUUCCCCCGCGCAGCCGUUUGUUCUCCCGCCCCGCCUGACGGAUGAGAUUCCCUCUCCGGAGUACAACGCACACUACAAAGGAAACUACCUCAGCUCAGAUGAGGAGGAUCUUACCUCUUCCUCCGCUUCUUCGGCGGCGGAGCAGCGGAAGCGGCGGCAGGCCGUGCUCGAUAUGCACCGCGAGCAGGCCAAUACCACUCUCGCGUUGAUGUUGAACCUACUUAACGGCGUCGCCGACGUUGAUGUCGAGCUCAAACCACCGGAGAAUGUGCUUUUUGUGUGCAAGCUGAACCCUGUCACCACGGGAGAUGGCUUGGCGAUGUGCUUUGCGCAAUUUGGCAGGGUUCUAUCUGCAGAGGUGGUGAUGGAUAAGAAAACGAAGCGUUCUUUGUGCUAUGGUUUUGUAGAGUUUGAUACAGUUGACGCGUGCUACCGAGCUUUUCAGAAGAUGGACCGUGCGCUGAUUGACGAUUCUAGAAUCCACGUGGACUUUUCUCAGUCGGUGUCUAAGCUGUGGUUCCAAAAACAGCGUGAGAUGCGAAAACGUUCUCGAGAAACGUAA